UGGUAGAGGAACGCUUUGGCUACUGUCCUGACGGCUGGAUCCGGUACCAGUCUCGUUGCUUUCUCUUCGUCAACUCCGCCAUGAACUGGUACAGAGCAGAGGAUUACUGUAACCAACGCCAUGGAAGCCUGGUUUCUGUCCUCAACCCCCGGGAACACAGCUUCCUCCAGCAGCAAAUGUCUGUGGCUGGAUGGCCCAACACAUGGCUGGGAGGUUUCAACCUGCAGAAUCAGUGGAGGUGGAUCGACCAUGAAGGGCUCUACUACACCAACUGGCACAGCAUUGGCUCUGUCACCAGCUACCCCUGCAUGUACAUGGGCAAUACUCUGGGCUGGCGCAACAUUGCCUGCUCCUCCUCCUUGAGGUUCAUCUGUGGCAGAAACUUCAACAACUGUUAAGAGUGCAAAUUGAGUAGAAGAUGAAGCUUUGACCUGCUGUCGUUGACUGGAUUCAUGCUUUAUUUUAGCUGCCUUGUAAACUGGCUGUAAUGUACUGUGUCUAUUUCUGGGUGAGGAAAUUGCCCAGAAAGGUAAAAGUGAUGUUUUUGUAUAAUCCUCUCAGAUUGUUUUUGUUGAAUAAAUAAAACAUUGGAUU